UGAACACAUCUGUCUCUCCGUAGACGCCAUGGCUUGCGCUGAGCAGCCUCUCAAGAAGCGUCGGCUGUAUGACACAGUCCCUGAAUCGCAAGUAGAAUCCCCAUCCACUUGUACGCCCGCGAGCUCGAUCCCCGCUCCGGUGACGCCGCCGCCUCCAUCUCAGGAGGAAGUUCAAACGAGAAGCAGGAACAGAGAAGAGAUUCGAAGAGUGCAUGAGUGCUAUAAGCGUCUCAAAUCAUGUAUCGGCCACAGAGAUGGCAGCCGCUACGCGACUCUUGAGCAAGCGUAUCGAUCCCUAAUCUCCGCCUCUAAAGGUUGUACUAGCGUUAAGCGCCUUGUGGCUGAUUUUGUUCCGCGAUAUGCACUGUACUGCCCUACUGCUAUUGGUGAUGCCGUUGAAACUGUCAUCGGCAUGCAUAACUUCAGCUUGGAACCAUUAAAGACAGGACAAGAUGCUGAUGGUGUUGCUUUUCAAACUGCUAAAGCCUGCAUAUUCGGUCUGGUUGAUUUAUGUUCUGCUGCUUCUUCAAACAGAAGAUCAUCACCAGAGGCUCGGGAUAUCUGCUCUGCUGUUUUCAGAAAUGUGUUAACCUUCUUUGUGCUAUCUUUUGAGGGUAAAGAAAUCUUCCAGAUACUUGAUAAGAGCGAUUUGAAGGUGCAAGAUCCUAACGAAGACUUUUCCCAGCUGAUGCAAAAACUUUCAGAGGGAAACUCCUUACCUCUGAUCAAGCUAUCCCAGUUUCGUGUCUUAGCUUUACUCAAAGUAUUCUUCAGCUUCCCUAAAAAUUCAAUUGCCACUUGUUUUGGAUUCUUCAAUUCGUCAUCAACGGAGGAUGUAGCCACGGGGAAGUAUCUUAUUACUAAUAUGACAGAAACGAUUAGUGAUAUUGAUACCGCUAGUAAUGAACCUGAACCAGAUGAGAAUUCUGGUCAGACAGAUUCUAACAAAAUAGAAGCUACUGUCAAGAAUGCGGAAGGGUUGAGUGGGAUCCACGAAGCAUCACACAGUCUAAAGAGCUGCUUGUUAGGAAUGGUUCUUGGGAGGAGUCUCUCCAUUGGUAGGUGGGCCUUCUUUAAGUACAAGAAUAUAUGCAGCCUGUCAUCCUUCAUAGAUAUAUCCAGCGCUAUUCCUUCUCUAGAGGCAAUGUUUGCACUUGUCGGAAAAGAUAUCAAGGCAGACGAUUAUCAAAUGGAGAGUGACGACGAUGAUUGUGGAAAAUUUUCAGCUUCACAUGUGAAACCUCACAGUUCUACGGAAAAUGAUGUCCGCUCUAGUGCUGGAUCUGUCUAUGAUGCUGGAGGUUCACGAUCUAUGGACUUUGAGACGGCUGAGCAGAGAGACUUGUCAUGCGGUCGAUCUUCGGUCCCAAGGGGAUUAAUAAAUCAUCAUACACCAUCUCCUUCUGCAAGAGUGCCUUCCGACUUAAGGAGUAACUCUGCAGAUGGUAGGAACAAUUUUAUUGUUGGAGGGUCACCUGCAAUUCAAGCAGCGCCCCGUGGACCUUCAUCAGGGAAAAUCGUUUGGUAUUUGGACGGAGACCCCACUGCUUAUGACAUUUAUCCCGCUUCGGGGCAGCUGUGGUUGGGGUAUUUAGGACCAGAAGAAACUGAAGGUCAUCUAAGGUUUCAGCUUGAUAGGUACGGUCCAGUAGACCGUUUCUUUUUUGAUCCAGUGAAAGGAUUUGCCCUAGCUGAAUAUAGAAGUAUAAUUGAUGCAAUCAGAGCACGAGAAUAUCUGCGAGCCGAAUUUCCUUGGCGCAUUAAGUUUAUGGAUAUAGGAGUUGGUGCAAGAGGGUCUUUCAACGGGGUAGCGUAUGGUUAUUGUACUCAUCUGUAUAUUGGAAGCAUCUCUAGCCAGUGGGAGAGGGAUGAAAUUGUCCAUGAGUCACGGCAAGCCCUUUAUAAGGGACCUCGCAUGGUGACUGACCUGUACUAUGAACAUGCCCUUUUGAUGGAGUUUGAUACGCCUGAUGAUGCUGCCGUUGUCAUGGCACAUCUCAGGUUUUAUCGUGGAGAAAAGAGUAAAUUUAACAUGCCAUCAGUCAAUCGUCCUUUGCCUCAUGAUGGUGGAGUAAGUCAUUCAGAGAGCCACCUUCAAAUGCUUCCAACAUCAAAACCGAAUAGUGGAUCAGGGGAAUAUGUGUCCCCAUUAAUGAGCACGGAUCCUGGAGCUAACUUUCAGCAAAAUUGGCCUGCUUCUGGUAGCACUCUUGUGAAUCCUGCACAAGGAGGGACUCCUUCAUGUGUGCCCAUGCCAGCUCCAGGACAGGCUGCUACACCGACAUCUCAAAUUCCUCCAUCUCCGUUUGUUCAACAACCCAUUCACCCUCCUCCAAACACCUCUUGGGACACAAGAUCUCUAGGCCACCAAAUCUCUCCAAGUGGUACUGCAAUAGAAACAUCGUCACAGGCUCAAGGACAUCCACCGCAGCAGGUUUCAGGUCCAUUUGUGCCGCCUCCCGUGCAUCCAGUCUCUCAGUCACAAGAACCAUAUGUUCAGCAUUUUGAUCAGGUGUAUCCACCUCCGCCUUCAGGACAUUCAUUACCCUCUGUGACACAGCCGCCGCCACCAGAAAUGAUGCCACCUCCGCCUCAAGCUCAACCACCUCCUUUGCCUCACGCACAUCCACCUAUGGUUCCUCCGCCUCCUUGUAAUCCACAAUCUCCUCCGCCCUUACCUCCAACGGUCACACAAUUGUCUGAACCAGAUGCUUAUGAUCAUAACGCAGAGCACCAUUGGCAGGGUGUUCUGUCCAAAAGCGGAGUUCAUUACUCCACGAUCGUUGCUCAGAGAUUGGAAUCGGACAUUUGCAAAUAUACCAAUGGGUUUUCAGAGGCUGUGCAAUGGCCAGUUAAAUUGGACAUGACCAAGCGCACAGAUAUGAAGAAAGUAAAAUCGAGUUUCACAAACACUCAGCCCCACCAAAGAGAGGUCUGUCAGUUAAUUCCCGCAACUUUCAGCGACCGUAAAGGGCUCCAAGAUUUCACAUCAUACUUGAAGCAGAGAGAUUGUGCAGGAGUUAUAAAGAUACCUGUAACAAGCCUCAUGUGGGCGAGGCAUCUCUUCAUUCUUCCCUACUCGGAAGAAACAUGUUCCAUGCUUUCAGUCACCCCAAGCUCCUCUGAAUGUUUGAUCGGUUUGGUUUUGCCCAAGGAACCCAAUGCUGAGUGCUCGUGACAUAGAAUAUCUACUCAUAGUUCGGAAUCAGUUUGUAAAUGAUGAACGUACUAGUGGUGUAAUCUCACUCUUUUGUUUCACCCUUUUAAGGGAACCAAUUGUAGAUUGGUGUGAACUAUUAUUAGCUGUCAAAGUUUCGUUA